AGAGGCUCUGCCUACUGCCCUGGGGGCCUCUUCAUGCUGUGGGGGGGGGGUCCAGUGCAGUGAGACUGGGGGGACCUCUCCCUUACUCCAGGAAUGGGCCUGCAUGAAGGCUGGAGGUUUGAAGGAGGCUAAUAUCGCCUUUGAAGAGGACUGCUAGGAGGAGAGGGUUUGGGGGAAGGCUGAGACCCUCGAAUUCUAGGGCUGGCCGGGAGUGACCCUUUUCCUCCAGUGUGAGGUGGGGCGAGAACCGCCCAGCUCCCGGCCCAGGGCUGCGCCCCCAGCUGGCCAAUCAGGGCGCAGUGCAAACUUUCCCAACUUCCCCCACCAGCUGUCACCCUCCCCAUCCAGCCCCGCCUGGCGCCGACUCCCCAGCGCUGGGCGAGUCCGGGGCGGGGUCUCAAGCAGUCUCCUGCAGAUCCCGAGUGGAACCGGCUGCUGCGGGUGACUGCACCGAGUCCGUGGAGUCGCCGCGCCCUGCAGCCGCCCAAUCUCGUCCCUCGCCUUGAGCCUGGCUGAGCCCCGCGGGGAUGGAGAGCCGCUGCUGGGGCCUGGGCCAGCCGCGGGCUGGUUUCUGCCUGCUCCUGGCCGCCCUGCAACUUCUGUCCGGGACACAGGCCGAGCCUGUGGACGUGCUGAAGGCCCUGGGUAUGAAGUGGGGCCAGGCUGGGGUCCACGAGGGGCCUGGCUUCUGUCCCGAGAGGGCUCCAGAAGGUGACCGGGCAUUCAGGGUAGGCAAGGCCAACAUCCUCAGCAUCCCCACAUGGGAGCUCUUUCCAGAUGAGCACUUUCCUGAGAACUUCUCUGUGCUGAUGACUCUGCGAGGCCAAGAGGCCAAUCAUUCUGUUUUGCUCUCCAUUUAUGAUGAGAAGGGUGCCCUGCAGCUGGGCCUGGCACUGGGGCCAGCUGUAACCCUCCUGGGUAGUUCCUUUAGUCCCCUCCCCCAGAAAUUCAACCUCACGGAUGGCAGGUGGCACCAUGUGGCAGUCAGCGUAGAUGGAGAGAUGGUGACCUUGGUCACCGACUGUGAACCUCAGCCCUCAGUGUUGGGCCAGGGGCCUCGAUUCAUCAGUACAGCUGGACUCACUGUGCUGGGGACCCAGGACCUUGCAGAGGAGACUUUUGAGGGAGAUAUUCAGGAGCUUCUGCUAAGCCCAGAUCCUCAGGAUGCCUUCCAUGCCUGCGAGAGGUACCUCCCUGGCUGUGACAACCUGGAUCCUGCAACCUCAGGGGCCCUGCAGGGUGAGCCAGAAACCCGUCCUCCUCGGCGCAAGGGUAAAGGAAAAGGAAAGAAAAAAGGACGGGGUCGGAAGGGUAAAGGCAGGAAGAAGAACAAAGGAACUUCAACCCCGAGCCUCCCUUCUGGCUUCUUGGAGAACCAACCCUCCACUGAUAUCCCAAAGACAGAGGUACCAGCUUCAAAUUUGCCUUUGACUCCCAUACCUUUGGUCAUCACCUCCACUACUGGCCACAAUGUCAUGAUCCUAGAGGAGGACCUGGACCCUGACAAUGGAACUGAGCUGGGGACCCUGGAGACUGAAGCAGCCAGGGAGGACGAAGAAGGAGGUGACUCCACCAUGGGCCCCGACUUCUGGGCAGCAGAACAGCCAUCUCGGAUUCACUUCCAGAUCUUUCUGGGCACUGGAGAAAAGGGGGCAAAAGGAGAGCCUGCAGUGAUUGAGCAGGGUCAGCAGUUUGAGGGACCUCCAGGAGCCUCUGGACCCCGAGGGUUGGUUGGCCCCUCAGGGCCUCCUGGUCCCACAGGUUUCCCUGGAGACCCUGGUCCACCGGGCCCUGCUGGCCUCCCAGGAAUCCCCGGCAUUGAUGGGAUCCGGGGCCAACCAGGCACUGUGAUCAUGAUGCCGUUCCAGUUUGCAAGCAGCUCCCACAAAGGACCCCCAGUGCCCUUCCAGCAAGCCCAGGCCCAGGCAGUACUGCAGCAGGCCCAGCUGUCCAUGAAAGGUCCCCCUGGCCCAGUGGGGCUCACUGGGCGCCCGGGUCCUGUGGGUCUCCCUGGGCAGCCAGGUUCAAAAGGAGAGGGAGGAGUGAUGGGGCCUCAGGGUCCCCGAGGCCUGGAGGGACCUCAUGGGCCCCCUGGCCGAGUGGGCAAGAUGGGCCGCCCUGGAGCAGAUGGGGCUCGAGGCCUCCCGGGGGAUACUGGUCCGAAGGGUGAUCGAGGCUUUGAUGGCCUUCCAGGGCUGCCUGGUGAGAAGGGCCAAAAGGGUAAUUUUGGCCAUGUGGGGCAACCUGGUCCCCCUGGAGAAGAUGGUGAGAGGGGACCAGAGGGACCUCCAGGACCCACUGGACAGGCUGGGGAGCCGGGCCCCCGAGGACUGAUUGGCUCCAGAGGCUCCCCUGGCUCCCCAGGUCGCCCGGGUGUUGUUGGAAUUGAUGGUGCUCCAGGUGCCAAAGGCAAUGUGGGUCCUCCAGGAGAACCAGGCCCUUUGGGACAGCAGGGAAAUCAUGGGUCUCAGGGACUCCCCGGCCCCCAGGGACCCAUUGGCCCUCCUGGGGAGAAGGGUCCCCCUGGAAACCCAGGAAUUCCAGGCCUCCCAGGAGCUGAUGGCCCUCCGGGUCACCCAGGUCAUGAGGGCUCCACAGGAGAGAAAGGUGCCCAGGGUCUGCCAGGAUCAUCAGGCCCUCUGGGCUAUCCUGGACCUCGGGGUGUGAAGGGCUCCUCAGGCAACCGGGGCCUCCAAGGGGAGAAAGGCGAGAAGGGAGAGGAUGGCUUUCCAGGCUUCAAGGGUGAUAUGGGUCUCAAAGGCGAUCGGGGGCACCCUGGUCCCCCAGGUCCCCGAGGAGAAGAUGGCCUUGAGGGGCUAAAAGGGCAGGAGGGGCUGGCCGGUGAAGAGGGUCCCUCAGGCUUAGCUGGGGAGAAGGGCAAGCUCGGGGUGCCAGGUCUCCCAGGUUACCCAGGACGUCCAGGACCUAAGGGAUCUAUUGGAUUUCCUGGGCCUCUUGGACCAAUAGGAGAGAAAGGGAAGCGGGGGAAGAUGGGGCAGCCAGGGCUGGAAGGAGAGCGAGGACCACCAGGCUCUCGUGGAGAGAGGGGACAACCAGGUGCCACAGGGCAACCAGGCCCCAAGGGUGAUGUGGGGCAGGAUGGGCCCCCUGGGAUCCCUGGAGAAAAGGGCCUCCUUGGUCUGCAAGGUCCUCCAGGAUUCCCUGGGCUAAAGGGCCCCCCUGGUCCCCAGGGGAAAGAUGGGAGACCGGGGCACCCAGGACAGAGAGGAGAAUUGGGCUUCCAAGGUCAGACAGGCCCACCUGGACCAGCUGGCAUCCUGGGUCCUCAGGGAAAGACAGGAGAAGUGGGGUCCCUGGGUGAAAGGGGACCCCCAGGUUCCCCUGGACCUCCUGGUGAACAAGGUCUUCCAGGCCUGGAAGGCAGAGAAGGGGCCAAGGGGGAACUGGGCCCACCAGGACCCCUUGGGAAGGAAGGGCCAGCUGGACCCAGGGGCUUCCCUGGUCCUCAAGGACACCCGGGGGAUCUGGGACCUCCUGGUUUGAAGGGUGACAAAGGCCUCCCGGGGCCCACUGGGGCCAAUGGCCCCCCUGGUGAGCGGGGUCCUGUGGGCCCAGCAGGAGGCAUUGGACUUCCUGGCCAGAGUGGUGGCCAGGGGCCUGUCGGCCCUGCAGGCGAGAAAGGGUCUCCGGGAGAACGUGGUCCUCCUGGCCCUACUGGCAAAGAUGGGAUCCUAGGGCCCUUGGGUCCUCUAGGACCCUCUGGACCUGCUGGGCCUUCUGGAGAGGAAGGGGACAAGGGGGAGGUGGGAGCCCCCGGUCACAAAGGGAGCAAAGGCGAUAAGGGAGAUGGGGGCCCACCUGGACCAACAGGGAUACGGGGUCCUGUGGGACCCCCAGGACCCCCAGGAGCAGAUGGGGCUCAGGGACGCCGGGGACUCCCAGGCCUCUUUGGACAGAAAGGAGAUGAUGGAGUCAGAGGCUUUGUGGGGAUGAUUGGUCCCCCUGGCUUGCAGGGGCUGCCAGGCCCUCCCGGAGAGAAGGGUGAGGUUGGAGAUGUCGGGUCCAUGGGUCCUCCCGGAGCUCCAGGUCCUCGGGGUCCCCAUGGCCCCAGUGGAUCAGAGGGCUCUCCAGGGCUGCCAGGAGGAGUUGGUCAGCCAGGUGCUGUGGGUGAGAAGGGUGAGCCAGGGGAACCUGGAGACCCAGGACCUCCUGGAACUCCAGGAAUCCCAGGGCCCAAGGGAGAAGUUGGUGAAAAGGGAGACACAGGUCCAUCUGGGGCUGCUGGACCCCCAGGCAAGAAAGGCCCUCCCGGGGAGGAUGGUGCCAAAGGGAACAUGGGCCCCACAGGACUCCCUGGAGACCUAGGGCCUCCAGGAGAUCCUGGAGUUUCAGGUACAGAUGGUCCCUCUGGAGAGAAGGGAGACCCUGGUGAUGUUGGGGCACUGGGUCCAUCUGGAGCUUCUGGGGAAGCUGGUGCCCCUGGGCCUCCUGGCAAGCGGGGUACUCCUGGCCGUGAGGGUCGAGAAGGCAGAGAAGGAGAGAAAGGUGCCAAGGGGGAGCCAGGUCCUGAUGGGCCCCUGGGAAGGACGGGCCCAGUGGGGGCUCAUGGACCCCCUGGACGCGUGGGGCCUGAAGGCCUUCAAGGGAUCCCAGGUCCUGUGGGUGAACCAGGCCUUCUGGGACCCCCUGGGCAGAUUGGUCCUCCUGGCCCCCUGGGCCCCUCUGGCCUCCCAGGGCUGAAGGGAGAUGCUGGCCUCAAGGGGGAAAAGGGUCAUAUUGGAUUAAUCGGUCUCAUUGGUCCCCCCGGGGAGGCUGGUGAGAAAGGGGAUCAGGGUCUGCCUGGCGUGCAGGGGCCCCCUGGACCCAAGGGAGACACUGGUUCCCCUGGUCCGAUUGGCUCUCUGGGCCCCCCUGGAUCCCCAGGUGUGGCGGGUCCUCUGGGACAGAAGGGCUCAAAGGGGUCUCUGGGAUCCUUUGGUCCCCGUGGAGACACUGGCCCUCCAGGUCCCCCAGGACCCCCGGGUCCCUCUGCCCAGCCUCAUGGGCUGCGCAGGCGCCGGCGCUCCAUCCCAGUGCCAGAGCACGGCCUGGAGGAGGUGCUGGCCUCGCUCAUGUCCUUGAGCUUGGAGCUGGAACAGAUGCGACGCCCUCCAGGUACAGCCGAGCGGCCGGGCCUCAUGUGCCAUGAACUGCACCGCAACCACCCGCACCUGCCGGAUGGGGAAUACUGGAUUGACCCCAACCAGGGCUGUGCGAGGGAUGCCCUCAGGGUUUUCUGCAACUUCACAGCAGGAGGAGAAACAUGCCUCUAUCCCGACAAGAAGUUUGAGAUAGUAAAACUGGCCUCUUGGUCCAAGGAAAAACCUGGUGGCUGGUAUAGCACAUUCCGGCGAGGGAAGAAGUUCUCCUACGUGGAUGCCGACGGGUCCCCAGUGAAAGUGGUGCAGCUGAACUUCCUGAAAUUGCUAAGCGCCAUGGCUCGCCAGCGCUUCACUUACUCCUGCCAGAACUCAGCUGCCUGGCUGGACGAAGCUGCAGGUGACCACAGCCGCUCCCUCCGCUUCCUUGGUACCAACGGGGAGGAGCUGUCCUUCAACCAGACAGCAGCGGCCACCAUCAGUGUUCCUCACGAUGGCUGCCGGCUCCGGAAGGGACAGGCAAAGACCCUCUUGGAAUUCAGCUCUGCUCGAGUGGGCUUUUUGCCCCUGUGGGAUGUGGCGGCCUCUGACUUUGGCCAGACGAACCAGAAGUUUGGGUUUGAACUGGGCCCCAUCUGCUUUAGCAGCUGAGAGUCUUUGGGGUGGGAGGACAGUAAAGAAGCCCCCAGAAGGGGCACAUUUGGUGCUGAGGCUUUGAAGCCACCAUAUUUAUCAUUUCCUAUGACUCUGAAGCCAGGAUGUGACUCUGCUCAUCAAGGUCAAACAGUGUUUCUUCUUCCUUCCAGGGGGCUGGGGGCUCAGCUCCAUUGGUCAAAGGGUGCAGCCUCCUCCCACCCCACUCCAAGUGGCAUACUAUAGUCUGGCUCUUUCCCCCUCUAUCCACCCCUUCAAUGGUCACUCCUUACCCCUGGACACCCAUGCAGUAGCUGAUGAAUAACCCUCUCCCAAUAUUUGCCUCCCUAUUCUUCAGUCAGUGCCCCCCACACCCAUUGGUGUUGCCCUUUCCCAGAGUUAAGCACUGGAUGUCUGCUGGCCCCAGGCUGGGACCCCUUUACUCCUUGCUACUCCCAGGUGGGUUAACAGUGAAGGGAGUAAUGUCAGAUGACAGAGGGAAACAGGACUUCCCUUGACGGAGCUAUGUGUUCCUUCCACUGCCUCAGCCCAGCUCUGUGUAUUCCUCUCCCCUGCCCCCCUAUUUCUCCAAGCUCAUCUUGCCAUGCCAGGUGGUUUGGGGACCAAGGUGGUGGGGAUAAAUCAGGAUCCUAAUGGUGCUGCCUGCUCUAUUUAUACCUGGGUCUGUAUUAAAAGGGAAAAAUCCUCUCUGUUGUAUAUUUAAUCCACUUCCUCCUUGGGGAAGGCUGGGAUAUGAUGAGAGAGAUUCCAGCACAACCAUUCCCACCCCUAGGCCAUAGCACAAAAUUGGCAUCUCAAGUUUGAGAAUAAACUGGUGAACUGUG